UUAAUCUCAGAACCCAAGUUGGGUCCGUCCGUGUUCACAUUUUUAGCCCGAUAGUCCAAAGUCGUGGGGCGAGAGCGACGCGUGUAAUCGAGCGAGGGCGAAGGAGAGUCGAGGAGCUCCGAGUGCGCAACAAUGGCGGGGGAGGAGGAGGUGGUGAAGCUGGGGUCGACGAAGCCGAUGAUCGCGACGCAGGAGGAGAUGGUGGAGGCGCGUGUGCCCCUCCCCUACCGCGAUCAGUGCGCGCACCUCCUCAUACCCCUCAACAAAUGCCGCGCCGCCGAGUUCUACCUCCCGUGGCGGUGCGAGCCCGAGCGCCACGCCUACGAGAAGUGCGAGUACGAACUCGUCAUGGAGCGCAUGCUGCAGAUGCAGCGGAUCCGCGAGCUCGAGGAGGAGAGGAAGAAGAAGAAGGCGAAGCAGCAGAUCCCCGGCGCCGCGCCAAUCCCCCUCAUCCCCUCCCCGGCGAAGGCCUCCUGAUUCGAUUGGAUACACACGGACCUCCUCCGGGAACUUAGGCCUGCUUCGACGCUCUGUGCGGACUGUGAGUUUGUGUUAACAAACAACAUCUUAAAAUCUUAAAUUUUAAUAAAUGAGGAGUCAACUAUUGUUUUAUCGUCUUUUUUCUUUCCCUUAUAUCUUGUGCUUCCCUGUUUGAGCUGGGAAUAAGGAAUCGACUAGCUAUAUACUCUAUGACUCUAUACUGGAAUUGUCAUUUGCCACCGUACGCAUUUGCCGACUGCAUCAUUACUGCUCUUGAGACUAAGCCAGAGUUUAAAUGAAAGGUGGCUAUGGCCCCUCUCUUUUGGCAUUCGGAAUCUGUCAGUUA